CUCUUCUCGAUCUUGACUUUGUCCUUCUCAAGCUGUGUGACUUCUUUCUCUUCUUACUUACUCUUCUUCACCUUUCUUACUAAUUUAGUUAUUAAUAAAAGUGUGAAUUCCAACAAUAAUAUGUUUUGUUUUGGUUCCUUAUUGAACUCGACCAGUAGUAAUCUCCUCCGCAUCAACAAAGAUCAGAUCAGUUUGAGAGUAAUGAUGCAGCGGUAUGAAACAACUCGUAUCUGUUUCAAAGAGCAAUUUCUCAUCUAUAUUGUACUGAGCUAAUGAGCUUGGAGAGUAGAUGUGUGUCUUUUAUCUGUUGUGAGAAUUAUAGUUCCCUGAUGCAGAACAAGUGUUCGACGAAAUGCCUGAGAGAACCAUGAACACUUUUGCAACACAGUCGGCUGUGAGCUUCCUUACGUCACCGCCCCAUAUGUAAACGCAAGCAAAAUCUUUUGGCGAGCCCGUUCCGUUGGAGAGGACACGUGUCUCUUCGCUACCGGCCCUGUCAUUUUAAACGGAGUGUAUAAUCAAGAAAACGCGAAGAUGACCUCAAAACAAAAACAAAGAAACGAGAUUUUCCAGAUCAAAAUCAUUCGCUUUCGCUUAAAGAUACAAUGGGGAAUGAAAAUGAAGAAGAAUGGCGAGAGGAGCUUACUAGUCCUGAUGGAAAUACUGAGCUGCCUAUAGAACGCCUUAUUAGAGCCGUGAAGUCCAUCUCGCCACAAGCACUUUCUUCUGCAGUAACUGACAUUGGAUCGGUUGUAAGCAUGGUUGAUACGAUAGCUGGUUCAGCCCCAGGAAGUGUUGGUGAUAGCUACAAGCAGUUUGCUGAUUUGGUAGGUAUGGAAUCUACUGUGACUUGUGGUGGAAAUAAGGCAAGAACUGAGAUCCAGCAUGCCCUUUUGGAGGAAAUUAAGGAAAUAAAUCAGCGGCUGUUAGAUACAGUCGUUGAGAUUAGUGAUGAUGAAGAUGCUGCUGAUCCUAGUGAGAAAGUAACAUCAAGCAAAGAGUGUGAAGGAACAACAAUUAGAUUCUCGUUUAUAGCUGUUUCCCUCAGCCCAGGUUUGAAGGCUCAUCUCUCAUCAAAACAAAUGUUUCCUAUUCGACCACUGCGUUUGCUGGUUCCUUGUAGCUACCCCAACGUCUCUCCAUCUAUUCUGGACAUACUCCCGGUUGAAACCAGCAAAGAGAACGAGGACCUCUCGUCCAAAGCUAUGGCAAGGUUCAACAUAUUGCUAAGAAGUUUGUCACAGCCAAUGUCGCUCAAAGACAUAGCCAAGACAUGGGACGCUUGUGCUCGGGCAGUGAUUUGUGAGUACGCACAGCAAUUUGGUGGUGGAACUUUCAGCUCAAAAUACGGAACUUGGGAGAAACAUGUAGCCGCUUCCUGAAUCUGAUGGAAGUCCUUAAUGGUAGCUCUGCUAUUCGUUUUACUGUUUCAUAUCAGAAAACCAAAAAAGGCUUUAGUAUAAGGUUUGUAUGCUCUCUAGUGUAGACAGUGUGUAGUGAAAAUAUAAUCAAACAAAUCCUUGUGAAUGUAGUGGAUAUAUAUAGGAAUCUGCCAGUAAUUGUUGUUCCAUUUGUAAUGUGCUUCUUUUGAAAUUGAACACUCACCU